GAGACAGAUGGAUAAAACAAAUAGUUGAACACAUACAUGAUAAACAAGAGACAAACUUUGAUACAACUCUCUGGGACAACAAAAUGAUUGAGCAAUGUACAAAAAACUUAGAGGAAUUCACCCGCUUUAUAACACACAAGAUUAACACAAGACUGGCAAUGAUUCCAAUACCAGAAGUAAUUAAUACCAAGUUCAAAUACUUAGACACAAGAUUUUUCCAUACCUUCACCAGAAGAAAAAACUUAAAACCAGCACAUCAGCAAGAAUUCGACUCAAUAUUUUAUAAUGCACUAGACAACUACAAAAAACAGCAUAAA